AUUUGUUUGACUGAAGGUUAUUCAGCGCACUGUCAGGUACUCUGAGCUCGGAAAUCGCUAUCACCAAUUCUUGGACAUCGAAAAUGUCCGGGAAUGUUCAAACCAGAUCCUGUAGUACCUCAGAGUACUCCGAUUAGCGAUAAUUGUAGAUAUCUAUGGUUACGACCCAGGAGAACCGUGGUUGAGGUGACCAGGGGCUGGAGGACCUCGAUUAUCCUGAACGACAAGGAUUGUGAAAACCGCAAUCAUGAAUACUGGCUUGCCUUGAUCGAGCACAGUGGAGCCGAGAAGGACUCGCAAUACCCAACCUCAGAAGACUACAAGAAUAGAACCGACGAUGUUGACCAAUGUGGCGGCAUGGGCCGCUGUAGUAUACUGAUAGCUACGGUAAACGAUAACGUAGGACUAUCGGGUCGAUAUAAUACUGCGCUGAGUUGCUACCUAGCUACAACAUGACGAUAUAUACUGUCCCUGGAACGUGCUAGUACAGAACAAACUAAGUAAGGGUAAUGGGGUUUCGUAAGGGCCGGCUGAUACCGCAACACUCAACCUUGGUUGAACUGGAGCCAGGAAGGAGUUGAACAACCGAAAACUUGGAAAAUCGGGAAAGAAAAUUGAAGAGGGGAAACUUACGAUAAUAUGUCGGGAUCAAGGCUGGAGGAAGUCACAGUGCUCUGAGUGGUGGGUA